ACGAAAACGGAAAUUUUGUGCUGCUGAUAAAUGAUUAUAGUAACAGCAGAUAAACGCAACUAAUCAGCUACUGCAGUUAGUCAUCACAAAUCUUCAACGACAGUCUGCUCAGCAUCGCUGCGCAUCGGUAUUGCAAUCGUGCCAGUUGGUCCAAAACUACGUCAUCGCAUCACAUCGUCAUCAUUGUCAGCCAGAACGAUAUUUAUUUUUAAAGAAUUUCAACUACACACCAAAGAACUGCCAAGAUGGGUGAAAGUGUCGAUUCUAAAACGCGCCUCGAGGAAGGUAGAAAUAUACAUCCGGCGUUGAAAAAGCUUCUCGAAUGGGACGUCGUUGUAACGAAACAGUUUGUCAGCUUUAUGCUGAACUUUGUGCCACUACGCUCACUUCGCACGCACUGCAAGGUUCUGGAGUAUUCGUGCCAUGGGAUCGCUUGGCUGGCCGGAUGGUUGGCAUUCUGCUGGAUGAUCGAUAAGCCGGAAUGGUAUCAGAUGCAGGUGAACCUGUUCAUCGGGUUGCUGACGGACAUUAUAAUGGUGGCGGUGAUAAAGGCAGCAACACGCCGCCGUCGGCCAGCUAUAAACGAUGACCCGCUUUGCUUUGGUCCGGAUAAAUUUAGCUUCCCAUCGGGCCAUGUUUCUCGCGGUGUGUUCAUCACGACAUUUCUAAUCGUACUCGAUCCGGUAAUGAUUGUGCUGUGGCCUCCGCUGCUAGCAUGGACUGUGGCGCUGUGUAUUUCUCGGCUGAUUCUCUAUCGUCAUCACAUUUUGGACGUGAUCGGUGGCAUUCUCCUGGGGCUGUUCAACGCGUUACUGAUUUCGAUUCUUUGGUUUGACCAGGAGGGUAGCGUUUGGUUGAUCAACUGGAUCACAGACGAACGUGUGGCGGGUGCAGAAUAUGCUGUGUGAAAUGUUACUAUCAAUGUAAAAUCUAUUUAUGAA